UAUUUUACUUGGAUCAAUUAUUUAUUUCUGACUCGUUUCACUUCUUAUUCUAAUAAAGUUCAUUUUGAUGUUCGUACACAGUACUGCAAGCAGAACAUUCAAAGCAGGACUUCCGAGAUUACACAGAGAUAUAUCCCUGCGUAAACGAACGACGAAUUGCGCUGCAGUCACUUUCGCAGACGAAGUAAACAAACUUCUGCAGUAGUGACUGCAUAAACGAAUGCACCCAAAAGCUUCGAAGCGUUUGAUUAACCAAUCAAAAUAAAAAUUUUAUGAAUUGGCCAAUCAAAAAAUGCUUCGAAGCAUUUGUAGCACCAAGUGGACUGCACCUCUAUUGAAGAUUUCGGUGGAAACUAGACUAUUGAGAAGAUAAAAGGGACUUCUAUUAAAUAGAGAAAAAAGCAAUUUUUACCUUAAUAUUAUUGAAUGUUCAAAAUUAUUCGAUUUGCAUUAUCAGUUUGUCAGGAGUAUAGCCUAAAAAAGUAUCGUUUAAGUUGAAAAUUUGGUAAUACUACUCGCCGAGUUGAUCGGCAAAAUUAGUUUAUUGGUGAGUUUGGUUGUCGAUGCAAAUAAUAAUUUGAAUCCAUGAAGAUGAAUGUCGAAGAGAAGAGACUCAGGACAUUUCGCGAGUGGCCAGCGAACGCUGCGGUUGAUCCGGUGCGUCUUGCGAAAGCAGGAUUUUAUUAUACCGGACACAUUCUGGAAGUACAAUGUUUUUUAUGCGGAACAAAAAUAUCUGAUUGGAAUUACGGUGAUCAAGCUAUGGUCCGUCAUCGAUUAAAGGCACCUAAUUGCCCUUUCGUCCGUGAUUCAGCCAGCACAUGCAAUGUGCCAUUGAUACCAGUAGCUGACAAUACCACUGCAGUAGAAUCGACAACACAAAGUCGACAAUUACUGGAUUUGCAACAAUCUAAUAGUGUUGGAAACAAUUCAAGUAUGGUACAAAGGCCAAUGGAUCCUUCAAAGGAAUAUAGCACCAUCACGCAGAGACUAUUGUCAUUUAACAAUUGGCCGAUAAGUAGCAUUGUUCAUCCGGAGCAACUAGCCUUAGCAGGAUUUUACUAUCUUCAAUGUGAAGACAUGGUGGAAUGCGCAUUUUGCAGAGGUAUCUUAAUGAAUUGGAAACCUGGUGAUGAUCCAGAUUGUGCGCACAGAUUGAGUUUUCCAAAUUGUGAUUUCUAUAUGAGACGAGAUACAGAAGAUGAUCUUUUAGGCUUAGUUAGAGUCAUACCUGAGACUAUAACAAAUAUGACAGAAUUAGGAAUACAAAGACAUAAGGCACCUCAAAGGCCAGAAUAUACAACAUAUGAGAAAAGAUUGCAGACUUUUAGAGGAUGGCCGAAAAAUCUUAAGCAAACUCCAGAGAUGUUAGCUGAAGCUGGAUUCUAUUAUGGCGGAUAUGAAGAUCAAGUUAGAUGUUUUCACUGCGAUGGAGGGUUACGAUAUUGGCAACCAACGGACGAUGUAUGGGUUGAACAUGCACGGUGGUUCUCAAAUUGUGGUUUUGUAAAUCUUAUCCGUGGACACGAAUUUGUGAAAUAUUGCAUAAAUAAUAGAACACCUUUGGAUCUUUCGAUUAUUACUGGUAUAUCAGAAGAAGAUAAUGCUGCAGAAACUUCGAUUGAAUCUCUUUCUUCAAUUCCACAAUCUAAUGAAUCAGAUGCAAUGGCAUCUGUGGCAGAUGUCGCGGCAACAUCAAUUACAUCUCUUCCUACAAUUUCACAACUUAGUGAAUCAACAACAGGUACAAUAGCAGAUGCCGCAGAAGCUACAGUUGUAUCUUUACCUACAAUUUUACGAUCCAAUGAACCAAUAACAAAUGCAGCUGUUGAGAAGCUCUUAGAGACAGUCCCAGCUAAGACUGCCCUUGAAAUUGGAUUACAUGUAGGUAGAGUAAAGAGAGCUCUGAAGAAAAGAAUGGAAAGAUUUGGUAAACCAUACACGGAUGUUGUUCAACUCAUACAAGAUGUUCUGCACGAUCAAGUUCUGGAAGAGGAUAAUGGAUGUGAUAAUGGUACUUCUGAUUCCCCAACUUCAGAAUUGAAUAACUUAUUUAAUCAAGUUACUAUGCAAAUAGCUAAUAAUUCUACAAACAAAAAUAAUGCACAAGAAUCUGACGCAUUCGAAAAAGAAGUCGAAGAAAGGAAGAGGGAUAAUGAAUCAGAUGAUCUUAUGUCUUUGCGAGAAGAGAACAGAAGAUUAAAGGAAGCCCGUUUAUGCAAAGUUUGUAUGGAUCACGAACUAGCCGUAGUAUUUUUACCUUGUGGCCAUUUAGCAACAUGCAACAACUGCGCACCGGCUCUUGCGAAUUGUCCUUUAUGCAGACUAGGAAUUCGUGCUUAUGAUAUAUAAAAGAGGCACAAUCUCGCCUAAUGCUGAUAUAACCCCACCAUAUGUCAGAUUGCGAUAAAAUCUAUAUGUCAAUAUGUUAUAUAUCAAUGGUGUCUCACUGAUAGUAUAUCUCGCAGACAGAAUCCAAAGCUAUAGUAAUUAGUGUUAUUGCGUUUGCCGAAGGUAAGUACAAACGACAUAAAAAGUGAUUGAACAAAACAAUAUAUUUGUGCUAAUUUCUAAUUCUAACAUAGGUCUAAGAAUAAACUCGGCCAGAAUCGUCCCAAAGAAAUGAAAAAUAAAGAAUAUUCAUAUUUAGAUAAUUUCGCACUUUGUCAAAUGCAAGAAUAAUAUAAAUGUGAUAUUCGCAAUAUUUAUUGGAGCAAAAAUUGUAUAGUAAUUAGAUGUUAUCUAAAUGUUAUAUAUCGAAGACAAUAUUUUAUGUACAGUUUGAUGAUUGCAAAAUAGAAAUCUGUUGUGAAAUCGAUGUCACGUGUCGUGUGUACACUUUUUAAAAUAUAAAAGCAUUUUUACACACGU